AUGAACUCUUCAUCUUCUAGUCCUUUUGUACUUCGAGCCUCUACCGACGACACUGAUAGUCCAUAUGGCUAUGUGCCUACCUUAUGGAUCUGCAUCAUGUUCGUUACACUAUUUUCGGUUUCCACUACUGCUCAACUCAUCCAUACAUUGUUCGCACGACAGUGGUUUCUUCUGCCGACCAUAAUUCUCGCUGGAUGCGGAGAAAUUCUUGGUUGGGCGGGGCGACUGUGGUCGAAUCAGAAUUUACAGGCCGCCGAUCCUUAUAUGAUACAAAUUGCUUGCCUUAUUAUUUCACCGACACCGCUGCUGGGUGCUCAUUUCAUCAUCUUCGGUCGUCUGGUCAAAAUGCUGGGACCUCAAUACAGUCGUUUCAAACCCACACUGUAUUCCAGGAUUUUUCUAUCCUGCGACGUUGUGUCCUUGGUCGUACAAGCGGUUGGAGGCGGAAUGACAGCCAGUGCUAACGAUGACGCAGGCGUUAAUUUAGGGACGAAUAUCAUGCUCGCAGGAAUAGCGAUACAACUAGCGAUCCUCAUCAUCUUCUCUGCAAUCGCGCUAGAGUUCGUGUAUCGCUUCAACGCGGAUAAGCCUGUCAGGCUUGACACAGAGAACUUGAAGAACGGUUAUAUGGACAAGCGAAGAAGGAUUGGUCUGUAUGCUGUGUUCUGUGCGACAUUCUGUUUGUUCAUCCGAGCAAUUUACCGGUUAAUCGAGCUCGGGGACGGAUGGAACGGGAUAGUCAUUCAAACGCAAUGGACUUUUGAUCUGUUUGACUCCGCGAUGGUGGUGCUUGCCAUGUACAUUUGGAAUUUUGUUCCAGUGAGCUGGAUUCUGAGCGGUCACGGUUCGGCUCAGGAACUCGAAAUGCGAUACAACACGUCCAAUGAACCACUUAAUACCAAGGCACUGUGA